AUGAAACUCGCUACCAUCCAACUCUCACCAUCUCACUUUCCACGACAAAAGAUGGCGCCGAGGGACGACGCCUCAGAUUACAGCGAUGAGGAGGUCGGCACCGUCCUCCUCGCUCUGCCGGACGGGCCGAUGGAGGGACCUGCGUCGCACACCUCGUCGUUUAUCGGCGGGUACCCCGCUUUCCCGGCUGUGCCGGCUGGACCAUCCAAAAACCCAAAGGGUAAGGGCAGGGCGGUUGCGGCCACGUCACCGCCCGACGAGGUGCGCUGCGGCGCUUGCCACAAGCCCAUCCCUCUUCUCUCGCAGGUGUACUGCCCACUAGAGGGUGGCGAGAACGACCGCACGUUGUACGUGUGGGCGUGUGCACGGCCAGGGUGUCGCAGGCGUGAAGGGAGCGUGCGCGCGUUCCGCGCGUCGGUGCGCAACGACGAGUACGUGGCAGACGUCGAGGCUAAGCGCGCGGAGGCUGAGCGAAUCGCUGCUGAGGCACGCGAGCGCGCACGGCAGAACCCGUUCACCGUCAAGGAAAACGCAGGACCCGGCCUAUUUGGCGGGUCACAGCCUCUCUUCGGCGCUGCUGCCGCGAACCCCUUCGCAGCCCCUUCCGUUCCUUCCCCCACCGUUCCCAAACCCAAGCAGGACGAAGUGCCAACAGCUGCCGUCGCGUCCCUAUCGCUCUCCGAUCCCGUAGCCUACGCACCACCCCUCCCAGCGUACCAGCCUCCUCAGUACAUCACGACGAUCGACGAGUACCUUGACAUUGCUGAGGACUCUGAUGUCGACAUUGACAGUGACGAGGAUGAGGCACCAGAACAGAAGGCUGAGUGGCGCGAGGACGGGUGGGACAAGCUCCUCCCAAAGAGCGUCGACGACAUCUUUGAGCGCUUUGCGCGCCGCCUCGCCUCUGCCGAGGACGCAAGCAACCAGGUGCUGCGGUACGACUUCAACGCGGUGCCAUUACCGUACAGUUCGUCGUCGCCGCUGUUCAAGAAGCUUUUCCCGGGGGCGCCAACGCGUGCGCCCUCGUCCGAGGAGGAGGAAGUCAACCUCGCCGAGUACUUUACGACCAAGUCGGUGCCUGCGUGCUCGCGCUGCGGCGCGGCUCGUGUCUUUGAGCUCCAGCUCGUACCGCAGCUCAUCAACGUCCUCCGACCAUCGUCUCUUAGCACAACCGGCAAGGUAGAGGCUGGCAAGGACAAUGCGCAGACCGAGGAGGAGCGACGUGCCGAGAUCCUCCGCCUCGCAAAGGGCGAAGCCCGCGGCGACGGCGAGGCGGGUGAGAUGGAAUGGGGCACGGUCAUGGUGUUCGGAUGCGAGGGCGACUGCAUUGGUGUUGGCGAGGAGUGGGUCGGGGUCGAGUGGGAGGCCACAGCGGAGGCUUAG